AUGGCAUCCCGCUGGCAUCCUUCUGCCACCGAUCCAAACGUCUACACAACUCCCUUCGACCCAAUCGAAAAGAUAACACAUUACUACGCUGCCACUAUAAACCCUCAUAUACCACAAUGGUCUAUAACCUCCGGUGCAAUCCUCUCUUCUUCUUCAGGUACAUACACUCCAUCACAAAUUAAAUCAGCAUGGAAAACACUUCGAUAUCACCAUCCUAUUAUUGCUGUUACUAUCAAUGAUGAUGGGACAGGGUUGGUUUAUACAUCUCCUGAGAGUGAUGAAGAGGUUGAGAGGUGGAUUGAGGAGACGGUUAUUGUUGUCGUAGGUGAUGAUGAUAACAAUAUUGGUAAAAAAGGAGGGAGAUGGGUGUUAGCGCAUCAAAGGGUUCCAAAGACGGGUGAGGUAUAUUGGAUUCCGGAGAAAAGAGAAGUGGUAUUACACCUCCCUCACCAGAUAAGUGAUGGUAUUGGGUCGAUCAUCCUACUCAACAACUUUUUGAAAAUACUAAGAACUGGAGAGACGAUUCCGGCCCCAGGAUUUGGAAAUGAAGUUGGAAGAUUACCGCCUUCUUUGUUUGAUACACUGGGGGAGAAAAAUUGGAGACAUGAAAAGAACUUUGGCUUGAACGAUGAGAUGGUCAAGACCGCUGAGGGGAUUUCUGGAAGGUUCUUGGGGAAUGAGAGUAUUGCCGUUAGUAUCAAGGAUGGUGUGGGGAUGGAUACUGUUCCCGAAGUUCCUUAUGGAAGGGUUGAACAUGAGUUUGAUGAGGAAGAGACAGAAAGGAUUGUGAAGGCUUGUAGGGAGAUUGGAGUUACGGUUACAAAUGCGGUUAUGGCUGCUAAUGCUCUUGCGAUGGCAAAGUAUGGUGAUAUUGAGGAGGAGGGGGAAAAGAAGGAGAAGAAGAAGGAGAGGGCAAUAAGCAAUCUUGUGUCUGUGAAUUAUAGACCAUUAAUUGAGGGAGAAGGGAAGUUGCAAGCUGGAGGAAACAUGUUUGUUGACACCUUCAGUGUUUUUGAAGUUGAAAACGAUAAUGGGCUAAAAGACUUCAAAGAAUUUGCCAAAGAAGUCAAAGAAGAACUAAGCAAGUGGAAGAAUAACGAGGAUUACAUCUCAUAUUCUCCGUUAUUGGCCCACCGACUUGAGGAAGUUGCGAAAAAGGGCGUGGAAGAAGGAGAUAUUGGGAAUUCGGGGUUUGUAGUCAGUAGUUUAGGAAUCGUGGAGAAGUAUUUGAAGGAACAAGUUGACGACUUUUGGUUCGGGAUCUCGGUGGCUAGUGUCGGGGCUGGAUGCUUGUUUAUAUGGACGGUCAAGGGACGAUUGAGGAUUGCGGUUUGUUUUAACAAGUCGUGGUUUGAGGAGGGGGUCAUUGAAGGGUUUGUGGACGGCGUGGUGGGUGGGUUGAGGAGGGGCUUGAGGGUUUGA